AUGGCUUCUUUUCAAUGGUUUUUCUUCAUAAUUCUUUUUCUUUACUUCAUGUGUUUUGUUGAACAAGGAAAUGCAAGAUUUCACAGACUUUUUCAUAGGAAAAAACAAAUAGUAAAUUUACCAACAGUGUAUGUUGAUCCAUCUGGUCAUGGAAAUUUCACAACUAUUCAAUCAGCCAUUGAUUCUGUUCCUCUAUAUAACCAAAAAUGGAUCUGUAUUUACAUAAAAGCUGGAAAAUAUAGGGAACAAGUGAGAAUUCCUCGAGAGAAGCCAUAUAUUUAUCUCAAAGGAGAAGGAAAAAGAAAAACAAACGUUACAUGGGAUGGUCAUAAUUCAAUUGCUACAGAUGCUACAUUCAUUUCUGAAGCUGAUUAUACAAUUGCUAAAAGCAUAACAUUUAUAAAUUCUUAUAAUUUUCCUCCAGAAGGCAAUGUUUAUCCGAUGCAAGCAGCAGUGGCUGCUAUGAUAUCCGGAGAUAAAUCCACAUUUUAUAGGUGUGGAUUUUUGGGAUUGCAAGAUACAUUAUGGGAUGUUCAAGGAAGGCAUUAUUUUAAGCUUUGUACUAUUGUUGGAGCUGUUGAUUUCAUCUUUGGUGCUGGUCAAUCUAUUUAUGAGAGAUGUACAAUAUCAGUAAAUGCAGGAGCUUUAGAUGGCUUGAUAGGGUAUAUUACAGCACAAGGAAGAAUAAGCCCAAAUGAUGAAAGUGGUUUUGUUUUUAAAGAUUCUGCAGUAUUUGGAACAGGACUAACUUUCUUGGGAAGACCAUGGAGAGAUUAUGCUAGGGUUCUUUUCUAUAACACCACCAUGUCAAAUAUUAUCGUUCCUCAGGGUUGGGCUGCUUGGUCUUUUGUUGGCCGAGAGUAA